AUGGCGGGUCUGAGCAGUGACCGUGAGCCAGUGAAAGUGGUGAUUAUCAAUACGCGUUACGUCGAAACUGAUCAAUUGAGCUUCAAAUCGGUUGUCCAGAGCCUUACUGGGAAGGAUUCCGGCGUUGCAUGCACGGUAGAGAAACCUUUUGUGGGUCAAAGGAAAAGAAAAUGUGGUGGCGGCAGUGGUGCUGGUGCUGGUGCUGGUGCUGGUUUGAGGUUAUGCAAGGAAGCAUCAUUUAAAGACUUGGAGAGGUCGUUGCUGGAGCUGCCGCCGAUGGAGGACUUGCCCAGUUUGUGGACUGAGUGA